ACAUCAGCUGUUCUUUUUCGGAGAUCAACAUUUUGAGAGAACUUUCAAAUUCAUCUAAUGAAUAUAACAGGAAAAUGUUUAUACAAUCAUUGUACCUGUUAAUAGUUAUCAGCUUGACCUUUGAAAUUGCUGUAGGAAGGGACGAGUGUUCAACACUUGGAAUAGAACAAAAAGAUCUAUUGACAAAAUUAUGUAAAUCACAUAUGGGAAACAUCGAAGGAACAGAAUAUGAAAGAAAUGAAAGAAAACGUGAGUGUCCAUCUGGAUGGCUUUAUUACGACGACUACUGUUACCUGUUCAGUUCUGGUAGAGGUAAUUGGGAGACAGCCAGGAGAGAAUGCAGAGGAUAUAAUGCAAAACUUGCUGAACCUAUUAAUAAAGAUCACACGGACUACUUGAUCAAGAUGGCCAAUAAAAUUAACAAAGGCGUUCAUUACUGGCUAGGAGGACGCGAUGUAAUAGAAGGUGUCUGGAGAUGGAAUUCUGGGAAAAAGAUCUGGUAUAAGCCUUGGUCUAGUCCUAACCAACCUGAUAAUGCACACGGACGGGAGGACUGUUUGGAAAUGCAGAAUUGUCGAAUCUGUCAUUGGAAAUGGAACGAUAGACCAUGUUAUUAUUCUAAUAAUUAUGUGUGCCAGAAAAGAAGUACUUGUGAGCAUCGCUGAAGAAACCAAAUAUGAAUCAUAGGAAAAACGAGUAUCAGUAAGGAAUUGAAUAAAGAGAUAAAUAUCUAAAUCAUCAAGAA